AUGAGGCCAUUUACCGCAGUCACUGCGCUCUGCGGGCUGUUGUUCUCGAGCAGCUUAGUAUGCGCCGACUCGUCGACCAGCUCGCGAGUCGCUUUACCCGCAGACUUCAAGCCCCAGCAGGUAUUCAAAAAUGUGAAUAUGGUCCGGAAUAUCAAUUUGGAGAAGGGAUAUGUUCGAGAAACCGUCAAUGUUGUCGUUGAGAAUGUCGAUAAACAACCGCAGAGCGACUACUACAUACCCUUCCCAUCGGACGUGUUUGGCAAGGUUGGAGGAUUGGAGGUGAGGGACAAGAAGGCUUCGGAGAAGGGCAGAUUUGCCGUUGAGGCUGUGGAAGUCGAAUCACCAAGUCGGAUAUUGCAAAAAGCUGACCUGUUUGGUCCUCGCAGCGACUACCAGUACUUUGUCGUUCACUUUCCCGAGCCGCUUGCGCCGUCCUCUCAAAUCACAUUGGGAAUCUCAUACUCCCUCCUCAACUCUCUCAUUCCACGCCCCGCCGCCAUCGGCCAAGCUGACAAGCAGUAUCUCACCUAUUCUUUCUCCGCUUAUACUCCAUCCGCAUAUCAAACAGUGACUCAGAAGACCAAGGUUAAAUUCCCCAGUACCAAUGUGCCCGACUACACCACCACUUCAGGGUUGAAGUCCGGCUCCGAUCCCGAGCGUCAGGGCACCAGCUACACGUACGGCCCCUAUGAUACGGCCAAGCUUGCUCCAGGAACUAGUUACCCUAUCUCAGUGCGCUACGAAUUCACCAAGCCUGUGAUCACCGCAUCCUUGUUGGAGCGGGACCUGGAGGUCUCCCAUUGGGGUGGAAACCUGGCGACGGAGGAGCGGUACUGGCUCCGCAACAAUGGCUCCACGCUCUUGAACCAAUUCUCCCGCGUGGAGUGGACUUUGACCAACUACCAGCAGUUGCCGUCCUCGGCGGUCCGUGAACUCAAGUAUCCUCUCAAGCCUGGUUCGGUCGAUCCGUACUUCAUCGAUGACAUUGGCAAUGUUUCUACGAGCCGUUACCGGCCCGGAAUGCCCCCCAAGCGGGAAGGAUCUCUGGAGCUUCGUCCUCGUUUCCCAAUCUUUGGUGGCUGGAACUACAGCUUCCGCAUUGGCUGGAAUGAUGAGCUAUCCACUUAUCUGCGUAAGGCAGCUACCGGUGCCGACUCCUAUGUCCUGAAGGUCCCUUUCAUCGAGGGAUUCAAGGUGCCUGAGGGAGCUCAGUACGAGAAGGUCGUUGUCAGGGUGAUCCUUCCCGAGGGCGCUCGAAAUGUCCGGUAUCAGGUUCUGGAGGGAUCCUCCAGCAAUGGCCUCCCUAGCUCGAGCCAGAUCCAAUCUCACAUUUCCAAGCACAAGACCUACAUGGACACAUUGGGCCACACAAUGUUGACCCUUACAGUCGAGAAUCUCUCGGACGAGGCUCGUGAUUCUCAGAUAGUGGUUACUUACGAUUACUCUUUCUGGGACGGCCUGCGCAAGCCCUUCACCAUCACUGCUGGAAUGUUCACUGUCUUCGUCGCCGCGUGGGUCGUCGGAAAUCUCGAUGUCAGCAUCAAGAAGCGGUGA